AUGGAAAAGACGUGCCUUCUGCUGGUUGCAGGAAAAGAAAGCAGGUGCAACGAUGCCAAGGAAUUCAAAAUCAAGCAAAAAGAUACACCUGUGUCAUCAAAAGAUACAAAAACAAAGUCCAAGAAGAUAUUUGAUUAUACUAUGCCAAAAUUUAACUUAACUGAGGAAAAAACAACACCUACAGUCAACCCAUUAAACAGCUCCGGAUCCGCUGCAACAUCGAACAAUAGUGUCGAUCAUCUAGUCGGAAUUUCUCAGAAAUCUAAUUGCAACAUUCCUAGAAAAGCAGACGAUCUGACAAAUGUCUCCAAUCAUGGUAAAUGUAUUAACAACAUAAAAACAAAACUCAAGACCAAGAAGUUAUUUCAUCAUUCCACGCCAAUCUCUAACUCAGGUGCAUUAAUGCCUGGCGCCAAUUUCGUAAGGAGUGGGAAAAUAGAAAAAUUAAUCUUUAAAAAUUAAUUAAAAAUUAACAAAGUACACUACGACUCUUGUUUUUGGGUGAGAUGUUGCAAAUCAACAGCCGAUAUUUUUCAACUAUUUGGUUUCCAUGGAAACUGGUCAUGUGACAAGAUAUAGGCGGUGAUAAUGGAAAUUAACUUAAUGUUUAAAAACACUGCUUGCCGACUAACUAAACAUUCAUGGAUAUGUACAAAAAUAUUAUCACGGAACCUUUUACUCUUAUACUGCAUUGUGGUAAUUAGACACUUAAAGAUUAUGCAACUGAUAUGAAAAUAUUGCUGUGAAUACAACAAUGUCUCGUACAAUGUCAAUAUAAUUUGCACUAAAACAAUGUUCUAGAUUACAAUGCUUACAAAUCUAAUUGUAGGACCAAAGUUGGCUGUACUCUGGACAACAUCUACACAUUAGCGACCGACAUUAACGUUGUCUUGUGAGUCGGCAAGUCCAACACGUUUUUUGCAUGGACAUAUCAAGUCAAGCGUGGGCAGCGCCAGCAAGAGCCAAGCAUUAAUCGGCCUGAGAACUUAACUGAGGAAAACACAACGCAUUCAAAAACAGCCCCGCUGGAGCAUCAAACAGCAGUGUCCAUAGUCAAGCUGGAAUUUAUUAACAAUCCAGUAUAAACUCUCCUAAACAAGGAAAAGUUUUGGAAUUACUUGAAAUAAAGUGUCAUACAAAUGUCUCCGAUCCCUGUCAAUGUAACGAUGGAAAUGAUUCUUUAUCUUCAACCUGUGUAUUCCCAUUGAUCGGUGUUGAUCGAUCUUUCUACAGACGUAGAGGAAAAUUAUACUACAAAAAUAGAAGCCGUAACUUGAAUGCAAAAACAAAGACUGACAAUUUAAGCAGCGAUUACAGUGACAAUUCUAGUAGUUUACAAUGCGUAGUCAGCAAUGUAAAAUGGACGUUAAGGGAUAACAUUGAUGCUUUGAAAACAGAAUAUUUCCACCCAAACAGUGCAGCAUCACAAAAGGGAACUAUUGCAGUGGGAGAAUAUGUUGUAAAGCAUGGUCCACUGAUACCUAUGACAGACUUGUGCAAAGUCUACAAGGAAGCCAGUGGUCGCACAAGCGAACGAAGAAUGUCAGCAGAGUUGUACAGCAUAAUAUCAAAACACUUAAACGUAAUGCAGCUGUACAUUAACGGUCAAGCAUUUAUAAGUGAAACAACGAAAAAGUAUGGAAAUUGUGCACGUUCAACCAGGUCGAGGACGCAUACUCAAAAGCGAAGAAAUCGAAUCUCUUGUGCCCAUACUUGUGUAUGCUUUCAUGGACGACAUUUGCGAGUAAGGGGGAGGAGGUCUGCAGAGUCACCCACGGCUAAUUGA